CCGACGUCGAGCUGACAUUCCUCGAGGUUCAACGUCCUCUUACCGUCAUCUCGCGUUGAUGCGAUUCUCGAACGGGAUCGGUGAGUAUAUGCGCCAUGUCCGUUGUGAGCAAUGUUCUACAGGUUCAGCCGACGUGUGGCGGUUGGCAAUCGGCCGCCACUCCUGUUUCUCAGGCUCCAGUUGGGCAUCAUGUUUCCUUAUCAUCUAGCAAUGAUGUACUGUCCUCGAGCAGCGAUGCAACGCUGCAGAGGAUUUAUGAAGCCGCUAAUGAGGACGUUGAGAUGGAGGAUGCGUUUCUCAUACAAAGGCUGUUCUUGGUACUCGAUACAAAUGUGCUGAUCGACUACAUCGACAUCGUGCGGCGCUUCGAUGAGGACGUCGAGGCCCUCCAGCUGCCGCUGACGAUCAUCAUUCCCAGCGUGAUGCUCUCCGAACUGGACGGUCUGAAGAAGCGCACUUCGGUGGGCUGGUUCGCGAGUCGUGCAUCGGCGUGGAUCCUUAACCGGAUGAAGGAGCGCAAGACGGUCAAGGUGCAGGCGCGCAAGGAGACGAUGCACACUGAGAUCGGCCCUGAGGAUGAGCAUCGCCGGAACGACAUGCUCAUCCGCGACUGCUGUUUGUAUUUCCAGACCAAGGGACACGUUGUGCUCCUCAGCGGCGACGUCAAUCUGUGCAAUUCCUGUGAAGCAUGGGACAUCCAGAAUAUCUGCAUCACAACUGAGCUCAAGCAGAAAUGGACGAGCCAUGACCUCGCGCAGAGGCUCCUUGGUGGAUAUGGAAUCGAUACUUCCAGAUUCCGAGGAAUCAACCAUAACGCAAGCUACCGUCCCUCGGCCAAGUCUAUGAAGCAGCGAAUCACGGUCACGCAGACGAUGGAGGUAGACGACGACAGCAUGGACAUAGACGACGCGCCCGUCACGGACGAUCCGGAGGAAUACAUUCCCAGUCACGCACUGGACGCUCUCCACCAGCAGGUCAUCGACCAUUUCACGCUCGUGCUGAAGGACUUGGCGCUUCGCGUUCGCACAGGCGCGGGGGACGUAUCGUCGCCAACCGUAUCGAAGCACGCGCCUGGGCAUCGGCGGAAGGAGUUCGGGGACUGGUCCGUGGGCGACUGCCUGGAGUACUUGGAUAACAAGAAGCCGCUGCGGGUCACUCAGCCAACAUUGUAUGUUUUUCUGCUCCGACGGAAUGAAGACAAAGGCUGGCGAAGGGGACAGGACUGGUCGCGCCAGGACUGGGAGAACGCGAUGGGCGCCUUAAAGGACAUCAGCAUAAAGUUCGAGGAUGGAGCGCUGCUAGGCUCACUCGACUAUCUCAAGGCAGAAACAGACCGAGUGUUCAGUACGCCGCUGCGACCCACGGGCGCCUGAAAUCACCCCUUUGACAGGCAGACUAAUGGAGCGCCUUUACAAGUAAGGAAGGCAAACGCAGGCAAGGCCAAGGGCGCUGCUGCGGACUGCACGUGCACUCUGUGGCGGAAGGGAUAGAACGGGAUUGGGAUGACGUGCGGGCGUGGGUUGAGGGGCCUCGGUGUGCUGCGCGGUGUUCACAGGACAUGGUUGGGCCGCGACGAGGUGGUGAAGCAUGUACUGUUAGUGAUCUGAAUACAUAUCCGAGGAGCAGGGCGGGCGGCUACCUGCGGCUGCGCACUGCGCAGGAUCUUGAAUGCUA